GCAAACCAUGGCAUCUGAGAAGUGGACUGUGGCAGUUUUUCUGCUUCAGCUGUGCUGUGUCGGCUGUGGCUUCUGCGGCAAGGUCCUCGUGUGGCCCUGUGAUAUGAGUCACUGGCUGAACCUAAAGACUAUUCUUGAGGAGCUUGUGCAGAGAGGGCAUGAGGUGACAGUGCUGAAAUUCCCAAGUUUUAUCGUGGAUCAGAUUGAAAACUCUGCGCUGAACUUUGAGAAUGUUCCUGUGUUGUAUGGAAAUGAGACUCCUGAGAAAUUUCUAAACCAUUUUCUGCACCUGGCUGUGGAUGUCAUUCCAAAUUUGUCGGUUUGGCAAGCAGCAAAAACAUUGCAAGAUUUAUUUAUUCAAUUGACUGCAAAUUUUGAAGAGAUCUGUAGGAGUGCACUGUACAACCAGACAUUCAUGGACAAGCUCCGGGAUGCAAAAUACGAUGUAAUGGUCAUAGACCCCAUCAUUCCCUGUGGAGAGUUGGUGGCCGAGGUGCUUCAGAUCCCUUUUGUGACCACCCUGAGGUUCACCAUAGGAUCUACCAUAGAGAAAUACUGUGGCCACCUUCCAAUUCCUCUCUCCUAUGUACCCGUUGUCAUGAGUGAACUAUCAGACCAUAUGACCUUCCCAGAAAGGGUGAAAAAUAUGAUGCUGUCACUAUUUUUUGAAUUUGGGCUCCAGCAAUAUGACUUUGCAUUCUGGGAUAAGUUUUACAGUGAAACACUAGGUAAGAGACUGCAUUUCAUGCUAAGCUAG